UGUCGUUUUCGGCGGGAUGGGUGUUCUUGCGCCGGCCGGCCUGCGAUGGUUCCUCGCAAGGGGGGCGGCGUUGCUGCUGCUCCUCCUAUUGCUAACGGCCAUCAGCUUGGCUGCCGCUGAUGAAGAAGUUGCUCAAGAGGAGUCCUUUGAAUCAAAGUCAACCUUGCCUUCUGAAGAACAAGUGAAUGACCAUUCAGCAGGAGCCCAAGUGGUAGCAGGUCAGAUCUUUAUUGAUUCUGAGGAUCCAGAAGCUCUAGCUGAAGAUGGAGAUAGUUUUGAGAGACAGGAAGAAGACAAGGAAAGGACUUUGGAGAAUUUAAGCUCUUUAGAACUGUCUGCCUUAUUAAAUAAAGAGUUGGAAGAAGCAGAAAAAACAGUUUUGACAGCAAUUGGAGGAACUGCAGAUGGUGAGUUAUGUCACUUCCCCUUUCUCUUUCUGGAGAAGGAAUAUUCAGAAUGUACUGCUGAUGGGAGAGAAGAUGGAAGACUAUGGUGUGCAACAACUUAUGACUACAAGAGUGAUCAAAAGUGGGGCUUUUGUGAAACUGAAGAGGAAUCUCAUAAGAGAAGACAAAUGCAGGAAGCAGAAGAUGUGUACCAAACGGGGAUGAAAAUCCUUAAUGAGAGUAGUAAAAAGGCCCAGAAGAAAGAGGCUUAUCAGUAUCUUUUGAGAGCUGCUGAUAUGAAUCAUACUAAGGCGAUGGAAAAAGUGUCUUAUGCAUUAUUGUUUGGUGACUACUUGAAGCAAAAUAUUCAGUCAGCUAAAGAACUGUUUGAGAAACUGACUGAAGAAGGAUCUCCUAAAGGUCAAAUGGCCCUUGGAUUUCUAUAUGCUUCUGGCCUUGGUGUUGAUUCCAGCCAGGCUAAGGCACUAGUUUAUUAUACUUUUGGUGCUCUUGGAGGAAAUUUAAUAGCACACAUGAUUUUGGGCUAUCGGUACUGGGCUGGAAUAGGUGUCCUUCAGAGCUGUGAAUCUGCACUUACACAUUACCGCCUAGUAGCCAACCAUGUGGCCAGUGAUAUCUCUCUGACAGGAGGCACGGUGGUUCAAAGAAUUCGUCUGCCAGAUGAAGUAGAAAAUCCAGGGAUGGCAAGUGGAAUGUUGGAGGAAGAUUUAAUACAAUAUUACCAAUUCUUAGCUGAAAAGGGAGAUGUUCAAGCACAGGUAGGGCUUGGGCAGUUGCACCUGCAUGGAGGAAGAGGAGUAGAGCAAAAUCAUCAGAGAGCUUUUGAAUACUUCAACCAAGCAGCUAAUGCUGGCAACUCACAUGCAAUGGCAUUUUUGGGGAAGAUGUAUUCAGAAGGAAGUGAUAUUGUACCUCAAAGCAAUGAAACGGCCCUUCAGUAUUUUAAGAAAGCUGCUGACAUGGGCAAUCCGGUAGGACAGAGUGGUCUGGGAAUGGCUUAUUUAUAUGGAAGAGGUGUUCCAGUGAAUUAUGAGCUGGCCUUGAAAUAUUUCCAGAAGGCAGCAGAGCAAGGAUGGGUCGAUGGGCAACUUCAGCUGGGCUCUAUGUACUACAAUGGCAUUGGAGUCAAGAGAGACUAUAAGCAAGCCUAUAAAUUUUUUAAUCUGGCUUCUCAAGGGGGCCACAUUCUGGCCUUCUAUAAUUUAGCACAGAUGCACGCUACUGGCACUGGAGUAAUGCGGUCCUGUCAUACUGCAGUUGAGCUAUUUAAGAAUGUAUGUGAACGGGGCCGUUGGUCUGAGAGGCUUAUGACUGCUUACAACAGCUAUAAAGAUGGCAGUACAAAUUCUGCAGUUGUUCAGUAUCUCCUUUUGGCAGAACAAGGCUAUGAGGUUGCACAAAGCAAUGCUGCCUUCAUUCUUGAUCAAAAAGAGGCCAGCAUAAUAGAAGAGAAUGAAACCUAUCCCAGAGCCUUAUUACACUGGAACAGAGCAGCCUCACAAGGUUACACUGUUGCUAGACUAAAACUUGGAGAUUACCAUUUCUAUGGCUUUGGCACCGAAGUUGAUUAUGAAACUGCAUUUAUUCAUUACCGCCUGGCAACAGAGCAACAGCACAGUGCCCAAGCCAUGUUCAACCUAGGAUACAUGCAUGAAAAAGGACUUGGGAUUAAGCAGGACAUUCACCUUGCAAAACGCUUCUAUGACAUGGCAGCUGAUGCUAGUCCAGAUGCUCAGGUUCCUGUCUUCCUUGCACUCUGCAAGUUAGGAAUUAUUUAUGCCUUCCAGUAUGUACAAGAAACCAAUAUCAAAGAGAUAUUCUCACACCUGGACAUGGAUCAACUCUUGGGACCUGAGUGGGACCUUUACCUCAUGACCAUCAUUGCUUUACUUUUGGGCACAGUAAUUGCUUACAGGCAGAGGCAGCAUCAAGCAUUCCCAAGGCCUGUGGGGCCACGACCAGCGGUACCUCCUCAAGAACCUGCUCCAGAACAGCAGCCACCCCAGGAGUAGCAGCUGGAGACUCAAUGGAGUGAACUGGAAUUUCCAGCUGGGACUGUUUUUGCGAUCUUUUGACAACAGAUCAAAUAGCCACAUGCACACAAGAUUCAGAAAGUGUUGAAUUGAGAAAGCAGUUAAGAAUUAUCCAUUUUUUCAGGGAUAUGCAUCUUUUUUUGAGAUGGAGCUGAAUGUUAUUUCAGUGCCAAUGGAAUAACAAAAUAGAUUUUGUGAAAAAGGAAUGUGCUACUUCAAAAGUGAUGCCUACUAUAUUUAGUUCAUUCAGUGCCCUUUUCAACUGUCCUUUGAUAGUUCAAAAAGAAAAAUAUUAUGAGGUUGAAUAUGAGAAUAUCGGACCUUGUGCUCUUUUAAGUAAAAGGCUGUAAUCUUUUCCAAGUAUGUUUGCCGCUGUGAUAAACUGGAUUUUACUUUAUGGUUCUCCCAAUUGUUUUAAAACCAUCUUAAACCUCUGUAGUAGUGUCAGCCAUGAGUGUCUGGAUGCUUUAAUCUAGAUUUACCAGUCAUAAACAGAUACAUAUUUAUGGGCUACUCUUCCUAAAGAUCAGGGUUAAAAUAUGACUUACACUUGUGAAAUGACUAUUUAAAUAAGAUGAAACCUCCAUACUUUGUCUAGCAUUCAGACUUGCUUGAAUUAUGCACAUUCAAGAAUCUGACUUGUGUAUCUUUUCCCAAGUAUACAAGGCAGCUUGUUUAGUCUUCCUUUUUUAUUGUUUCACAAAUAUGCCAAGAUUAUCCAAGCAGUGGGCUGAAAAAAGAACCAGUGUUAAUCAACUUCAGAAGAGCUCUUUAUUGCAAUGUUUUUUUCUGAAGUGUGUUCUCAUUGGGUAAUGUUGGUUUGCUUUUCAGUCCAUCAUAAUACAUUUUUAUGAGUCAGACUUAUUUUGGAUAGAAGAUUGUGCAAUUAAGAGUUCUUAAUAUAACUGCUAUCUACAUUUCUCUUUAAAAUAUCCACUCUAAUUUUAUGUUGCACAUGGCACUUGGAGAACAAGUCAGUGUAUAUGCAUAUAGUAGACUAUUCUAAUGGUGUUGCUUUAUAACAGCCUUACAAUUAUGAGCUUGCCAGUCUGACAGUGCCAGUCCCCUAUGCCAGCUAUGCUCUGGGUAGAAUGCAUGUGAUUUUUAAGCUUUUGCAAAAUGAGAAUGGAGCACUUGGCCAGGGUUGAAGCAUGGAAAUCUCCAAAACAAUGAGAUGAGUCAUAUGAGUUACAAUAGAAAAUCUAAUCCCCAAAUUUCCCUUGCUAUGUCAUGAAAAUAACUAUGAUAUAUUUUUGCUGUAAUAUUAAUUUAUGAAGAUUUUAAAGUACUACACAAAGAAAAAACACAACAUAUAUUGGCUGAAGACCUAAUUUAAAAAAAAAAUACCCUUUGCUACCAUGGCAAAUGUAGAUGUUUCUAGUGCAUCAUUAUAUAACCUGUGAGUACCCUUGAAAGAAAUAUAAUUAAAUGCUGUUCUCUGGAAUCUAAACCUCAUUAAGUGCAUUUAGGAAGUAUGCAAAUUCUCUAUGUAUCAAUAGGAUCUCUCAUAUUAACUUAGAACACAUGAUUAGAACAAGAAGAGUCUCCUUGUAAUGAAAGUAGAGAAAGAGAGAUUGUCUUUGUAUGAAUCUGAAAUACAAGGAUGUUUUUGAACAAGAUUAUUUGUAUCUACAGGAAGUAGUUCUAACAGCAAGGCAUGUUGUGUUUUAACAGCAGUAUUACUAAGACAGGUAGCCAUGUAGAUAGAGCUUUUCUUCCAAUUGUACACAUUGGAUAAGAUGAAAAUCUCUUGCAAUGAAUACAAGAUGUCCAAAACUCAAAAGAGAAACAUUAAUUUUGAAAUCCUGUAUUUAGGCUGCAGUUUUUUUAAAAAAAAUUGUAUGUGGGAAAGAAAGCUUAAUUAGCUAUUUCAGUAAAUCUCAGAAAAGCUUGCCUCUUCUCCAAUAAAAGGUGCAAAUGGAAAAAUAAUGUUCAAGUCCUUAGUUUGAGUAAUGGUCUGCCCUUUGUGUACAUGCGUGUAAUGUGUACAAACCUUUAUGUGGUGAACUCCAGAAAUGUAUAUUAACAUAAAUGAAAUCUAAAUUAUUAUACUGAAACUACUUUUUCUGAAAUAUAACUAGUAAUUCUUCAAAACUAUUAAAACAUUUCCGAGGCCUUUCCCCUCUGAUAUUACUUUUAAUUGCUACUGUGGGUAUUAUUUGUGCUCCUUAAUUAGAAGAAUAUAAUGAUGGAUUCUAUAUGCUUAAACUUCAUCUGAUGUAGUAUCCAUUCCUGCAUCUAGCACUUCAAGAUAAUACAUAAAUGAAUUACAUUUUACUCCCUUUUAACUUUCUGCUUUCAAAAGUCAAGAUAAGCAAUACAUGUGCUUCCUGUUUUUUAGCGUUGCCUCAUCUAUAUAAAAAUACUGAUUUAGGUUUUAUAUAACUAAGAAAAACAUCAAGCUAACUCAGGGAUUUAAGAAUGACUAAAUCUUCUAGGUUAUCUGCCUAGACUAUAGUAUCUUUGAUCAUUCUGUUCUAUCCUAAAUUGAACUUUUACCAUUUAUUUUAAUUAAAAUGAACACUACCAGAAUAAAAGUACUUAAGUUCUGUUGGUGCUAGGGAAAAGACUUUAAUUUUUAAAUUUUAAUAUGGAAUAGAGUUUAGUAAGCAACCCACUUACUCUCUGAAGGAGGGUGAAUUAAACUUAAUCUAAAUAGGCUAGUUGACAGGGAUCAAAUGUUUGAAUUCAAAUUGUUAUAAUUGGAAGGCAUUCUUCUAUAUUUACUGGAAUGUAAAGGUGGUUUCUAUAAAAACAACAUGGCUACAGCUGGCCAAGGAGGAUUAGAACAUAAAGUUGCUUUAUUGCAGGCAUUAAAGUUCUGUUUAAAGUUCUUUAUUUCUUACCCAACCUUUUUUUAAAAAAAAAAAUCUUACUUUACCAAAUGUGAUAAAUAUUAUCAGAAGAAUGUUUUGGGGAAUAAAAUUAGAUACUGUUUGAAUAUUAUAGUUCAGAUUGUUAGUUGCAUUAACAUGCUAUGCAUAUGUAUGCAAACAUUUGUUCUGAGAUUUGCAUAAAAAUAAGGGACAGUUUUUGAGGAUUUAGUCAACAAUAUUUGAAAUUAUGGCAUAUGUUUUACCACAUCUGUGAGGCUGCUAGGAUCUACAUUCCUCCCCUCUGUAAUAUCAUAAAUGCAUCUUAAUCUAGAAUCUGUAAUGUGGCUCUCCAUAAGAAAAUACUUCAUUCUUUUUAACUAAUAUCUUGGAUGAAUGUUGAUCUUUAAGAAUGUGUUCCAGUGUAUCAAUUAUGUUCCUUAAUAGUGGUUUGAGACCUGAAAGUAAGUUUUUCUGCAUUUUAAGAAACCAAAUGUACAGCACUCAGACUAAAGGUAGCCAUCACUGUUAGAUCCAAUUUUUCAACAUAAGGUUUCAAGCAGUGCAAGCGCUUGCACAUACAACAUUAUUAUAUUAAAGCCAUGUACCUCCAGGCCACAGAUCCCUGGUGUGAAUGGGUGAAUUGAUACGAGUGGAAUCUCUGUGCAUCUGUCUGGACACAAGGCUUUAUUGCAAAUGAAUAUUGAUAGAAACAUACUGCAAGUCCUGGCUGGCUGAGGCUGGACUCAGGCCAAAAUACUCUGCUUGCUAUUUGUAAAGACCCCCAUGUGUCAGACCCUUCUAGUCUUUUAAUAUUUUAAACAGAGCACAACUGAAUUCCCUCAUUCCUUUCAAAGAAUUGGCAUGCUUUGAAUGAAUGCAUUUGCAGAGGGGAAGUUAAAACUGUGUCUGACGUGGGUUGACCUACAUUGGCAAAAGGGUAAGUCACUAAGUAUGUAUAAGGGGUUUUGUAAAUUUUCUUUUGUAUUUAAGAUGAUGCAGUAUAAAGGCUGGAAAAGUGUAAUAUAGCUGUAAACAAAUUCUGUUAAUAGAGAAAUGUACAGAUUCAUUUUGUACUAUAUCUUGUUGAAUAAAGAUGCCACUUUGGUGAUUGGCCUGUAAUGUA